AUGAACAAAAAAUACAUUACAGCCAUCUACGUUCUUGAUUAUGAACAAGCUCGUCAUGUAUUUUUAUUUGGAUUAAAUCAAUUAAAUAAAUCGAAAGAAUAUUAUGUUCUCGAUGGUUUUGUUACUGAUUAUGUUGAAAUAUGUCAAGAUAUUAGUCAAUUAUAUAAUAAAUUAGUAUUUUUUGAGUCAGAUAUUAAACGACAAUCUCAUAAUGGUAUUCAAACAUUUGAACGUUUUCUAUUAACAAUGUACCAUAAAAAGACAAAACAAUUAUCGAAAAAAUAUUCAGAUGAUUAUCUACGUUCAGCAAUUUUAGCAUAUUUUUAUAUUGGACGAUUUUAUUCAAAAAUACAAAGUACGAAUAAUUUACAAAAACGUUUAAAUAAUUUAGAAAUAAAUUUAACAAAAUAUAAAUAUAUUGUUGACUAUUGUGAACGUUAUCCAGAUGUAAAACAGGUUGUAGAGAAUGAGCAUAAUGUAUACAAAGAAAUGUGUAUAUUUUUACCAUUUAAAAUGGAUAAAUUAAGAGAGUUAUUAUCAUAG